ACCGCAUCACAUUCUUCUGUCGUGUCGUGGAAUCGGAGAAAAAUCACACCGAAGAAUUUUCUCUCCGUUUUCUCGGUUCCCAAACGGUACAAGGAAAGAAGAAUUAAUGGCGGAUCAGCUCACCGACGAUCAGAUCUCUGAGUUCAAGGAAGCUUUCAGCCUGUUCGAUAAGGACGGAGAUGGAUGCAUCACGACCAAGGAGCUGGGGACUGUGAUGAGAUCUCUCGGGCAGAACCCGACGGAAGCCGAGCUGCAGGACAUGAUUAAUGAGGUGGACGCUGAUGGGAACGGUACCAUCGACUUCCCGGAGUUCCUGAACCUGAUGGCACGGAAGAUGAAGGACACGGACUCGGAGGAAGAGCUGAAGGAGGCUUUCCGGGUAUUUGACAAGGACCAGAACGGCUUCAUCUCAGCGGCCGAGCUGCGUCACGUGAUGACGAAUCUCGGGGAGAAGCUGACCGACGAGGAAGUCGACGAGAUGAUCCGAGAGGCUGAUGUGGACGGCGACGGCCAGAUCAACUACGAGGAGUUUGUCAAAAUCAUGAUGGCCAAGUGAGGAGAAUGGUACUCCCCUCUUGAACCAAAAACUCUGAUAUCCCAAGUCCUCUUUCUUUCUUUAAAAAUAAAAAAAAGAAUCCGACACGGGAAAAUGAGAUGUCUAUGGAAUGAAAAAGAAAGAAACCGGAGAAGAGCAAAAAUCAGGAGACAGGAUUGGUGAAGACGUAUAUCUAUAGAUCAAUUUUCAUUUGGUUAGGGACAUGUUUUGGUGUUUUACUUUUGGUUACUCUUUUGUUCUUCCCGUUGCGUUUUGUGUUGUACUACUGUGUUUGGUUUCUCCUUCGUCUUCGUUUUGUUUCUGUGAAAUUCUCAGUAAUUCUCGUUGCUCGUUUAUUCGUUC